AUGUUUGUGCAGGUAAUACUGGAGGGGAAGAACGAGAUUGGAAGCGGCACUGCCGAACCAUUCCUGGAGGCAAUGUUGUACCACCGCAAGUUUAUGAAAGAGUCGAAAAGUGAGAUAGCCAACCUCUGGUCUGUCUUUCCAUGCAUCCAUAUCAUUGUCUUCGGCUUUGCAGGCUCUGUUUUAACACACAAGCUCCAGUCUGAUAUCCUGGUCCCUAUCAUUCCUCUGUUUGGGCAUUCGACAGACCUCCAUUUGCAACUGAUGGCGGCUCGUGCUUUGGGGGCUCUCAAAAUCGCCAUCGAGAAACUCACAGAUCUGUACUCCUGUCAUAUUCCGACUGUCGAAUCCAAAAAUCAAUCUCCAGGAUAUCCUUAUCCUCGGAGUUAUAUCAAUUCAACCUCAACCAAUGGCAUCCAAGAAUUCUCGGGCGCACUCCCAAACUUAUCGCCUAUAAUCACUUUACCCGGCGGCUGGAAUAUGGUGGUUAUGGAUGCCCUUGAUAUUGAUCAUGACAACUUCCCACAACAGCCUGGCUCAUAUCGACAGCUCAGUGAGAUGGCUGUUGUGGACCGCCAGCCGCUGAAGGAUGACAUCACCUCUCUCAUCCAGGACUUACACGCAGCCGGCUACGUUCAUGGCGACCUUCAGGAUGCCAAUUUUAUUGUAAAAAACCCAAAAGACUUCAUGCUGCUCGACUUCGAUUGGGCUGGACUGGAGCACAAUACCCACUAUCCAAUACGUGUUAAUUGGAAGGAUAUUCGACGUCCUAAUGAUGCGCGGGAUGGGAACAAGAUUACGACGGAGCAUGACUUGGAGAUGCUAAAGUUGAUAUUUGAUCCUGAUCAUGAUGAUCGGAAUCUGUUUAGUGCACCGGGUGACUGCGAGAAAUUCAAGACAACUCUCUCAAUGACAAUUGGGACUGAGCCAAUGAAUCAAGAUUCACAAAGUGAUUUGUAG